UGCCCGCACACACUUGUGUGGAGCUGUGAAUAAGUGUGAGCAGUGAUAAAUCUGUCGGAGUGUUUACACUGGCUUUGGGAUGAGUGGACUAAUCGGAUUGUUGUGUGAUUAGUGAUUGGAAGCGGUGAAGGAGCUCAGCUCAGCUCAGCUCAGCUCAGGCAGGGAGCAGCAGGGAUUGGAGCCUGCAGUCUGUUCACAGCCCGGAUAAACCGAGAAGAAACGCGUAUGAGGGCUCGAGAGUGAAGAACACAUUCUCGAGAUGGACCUUAAACUGCUUUUUAUAUCGACAUUGUUAGGAGUCAUAUGCUACAGCAGUGCCCAGCAAGAGGGGAAUGAGUGCAUCAAGGCGAACGCCGAGUCCUGCGGUGACUGCAUCCAAGUCGGGGCCAAGUGUGGGUGGUGCACAGAUACAGAGUUCCUGAAGCAGGGCGAGCCCACAUCAGCCCGCUGUGAUGAGCUCGAGUCCUUGAAGAAGCGAGGAUGUUCACUGCCCAUGAUUGAAAACCCUCAAGGGAGUCUGGAAAUCCUCAAGAACAAACCUGUGACGAACCGUAAGAAAGGAGGAGAGAAACUCCAACCCGAAGACAUCACCCAGAUCCAGCCCCAGAAACUCGCAGUCAGCCUGAGAUCUGGCGAACCACAAACAAUUAAUCUCAAGUUUAAAAGGGCCGAGGACUAUCCCAUUGACCUGUACUACCUUAUGGACCUGUCCUACUCCAUGAAGGAUGAUCUGGAAAAUGUCAAAAACCUGGGCACCAGCCUGAUGCUGGAGAUGUCCAAGAUCACAUCAGACUUCAGAAUUGGUUUUGGUUCGUUUGUCGAGAAGACGGUCAUGCCCUACAUCAGCACCACCCCUGCCAAGCUUCUAAACCCCUGUACCGGGGACCAGAACUGCACGAGUCCCUUCAGUUACAAGAACGUCCUGAAACUCACCAGCAACGGUGAGCAGUUCAACACACUGGUGGGUCAGCAGCAGAUCUCGGGCAAUCUGGACUCUCCAGAGGGCGGCUUCGACGCCAUAAUGCAAGUGGCUGUGUGUGGGGAGCACAUUGGCUGGAGAAAUGUCACUCGUUUGCUGGUGUUUUCUACGGAUGCAGGUUUCCACUUUGCUGGAGAUGGAAAACUGGGUGGAAUUGUGCUUCCUAAUGAUGGCAAAUGUCACCUGGAGAACAACAUGUACACCAUGAGCCACCAUUAUGAUUAUCCUUCAAUAGCGCAUCUGGUGCAGAAACUGAGUGAAAACAACAUCCAAACCAUCUUCGCAGUCACAGAGGAAUUUCAGCCUGUUUAUAAACUCAUCCGGCUGCAGGCCAGGCCGGAUGAACUUAUGCGAUCACACAUCCGUUAUCGUCGUCCGUCCACAAUUUACAAAAAUCGCUACUCAUCCUACAGGAUUGAUCAGAUUUUGAGCAGACUCCCAUCCAACGUUUCCCAGGAACUGAAAAACCUCAUUCCGAAAUCCGCAGUGGGAACAUUGUCCGCAAACUCCAGCAACGUGAUCAACCUUAUUAUUGAUGCGUACAAUUCCCUGUCUUCAGAAGUGAUUUUAGAGAACAGCAAGCUGCCUGAAGGAGUCACUAUCACAUAUCAAUCCCGCUGCAAGAACGGAGUAGUGAGUGUUGGAGAGGAAGGACGCAAAUGCUCCAACAUCUCAAUUGGAGAUGAGGUCUCCUUCAGCAUAAACAUCACAGUUAAUGGCUGCCCCAAACAAGGCAAGCCUCAGAUCCUAAAGAUCAGACCUCUGGGCUUCACCGAGGAAGUGGAGAUCAAACUGAGCUUUAUCUGUGACUGUGAGUGCCAGAAGAAAGGCAUUGUGAGCAGCGACCUCUGCCAUAACGGCAAUGGCACCUUCGAAUGUGGUGCCUGCAGGUGCAAUAAGGAUCGUAUUGGCCGAGAGUGUGAGUGCUGGAAAGACGAGGUGUCGAGUGAGGACCUGGAAAAGACCUGCCGCAAGGACAACGGCACCGAUCUCUGCAGCAACAAUGGCGAGUGUGUGUGCGGCAAGUGCGAAUGUAAGAAGAGGGACAACCCCGAGGAGUACUACAGCGGCAUAUUCUGCGAGUGUGACAACUUCAAUUGUGACCGCUCCAACAACAAGCUCUGUGGAGGCCAUGGUCGCUGCGAAUGCCGAGUCUGCAUUUGUGAUGCGAACUACACAGGAAGUGCAUGUGACUGCUCCUUGGAUAUGUCGACAUGUCUGGCCUCCAAUAACCAGAUCUGUAACGGCAGAGGCAUUUGUGAAUGUGGAACCUGUAGGUGCACUGAUCCGAAAUUCCAAGGACCCACAUGUGAGAUCUGCCCCACCUGCCCUGGAGUCUGCCCUGAACACAAGGAGUGUGUGCAAUGCCAAGCCUUUGGUACAGGAGAAAAGAAGGACACUUGUGACAGAGAUUGCAGCUACUUCACUCUGAUUAAGGUGAAAGCGAGGGAGGACCUUCCUCAGCCUGUACAAACCUUCCCACUCAUACACUGCAAGGAGAGAGACGCUAACGACUGCUGGUUCUACUACACCUACUCUGUCACUAACCACACUGAGGUCCAUGUCGUCAAGACUUUAGAAUGCCCAGCUGGUCCUGAUAUCAUCCCCAUCGUGGCUGGAGUGGUUGCAGGAAUCGUGCUGAUUGGACUAGCCCUUCUGUUAAUCUGGAAAUUGCUCAUGAUCAUUCAUGACCGCCGCGAGUUUGCCAAGUUUGAGAAAGAGAAAAUUAAUGCCAAGUGGGAUAUGGGCGAAAAUCCGAUCUACAAGAGUGCCGUUACAACCGUCAUCAAUCCCAAAUAUGAAGGCAAAUAAUGCACAUGUCCCGUGUGCCUGGAGCAGUAUUCUUCAUUUCAGUUUGAAAUAUAUUUUCUCCCAUUUUUUUUUUUUAGAUUUUUUUUUCCCCAUUUUAUUUUGUAGAACUAUGCAUUUAUAUUUUUUGUGCCUCUUCUGUUUUAUUGCGAAACGUGUACAGUUUGUAAAGACUUUGAUCAGCAUCUGAAGCUCUCAUUUUGAUUACAGUUUGUAUUAUUUCCUUUUGUUUCACACAUUCAUGAGAACAUUUACUGCAAAUUCUGUGAUGCAAAGAGACGGCUAUUAAUCCUUCAUAAGCAAUACGUAAGGCAAGAAGCAAACCUUUUAUUACGACAGUUCAUUCUUUUUUUUUUUUCCACACUAGCCUUCGUUUCUAUUAGAGACGAGUGAAAAGUGUUAUACAGCAGCAUCACUGAGUGUGUACCAUCUGACGUGACAAUCAGGAGUACUGUUUAUUUGUACUGGUGCCUUUUUUUAUGCCAAUGAAUCUAGAGAUACUUACUUCGCAUGUAUUGAAGGCAUGUUACGGGCUUAAGUGUUUAUUUUAUGUUCCAUUUCAAUGUUUUGAAGCAUUUCUCAUUUCAGAACUGUCUACAGCGAUUUUAUGCCACGCUCACAAACGCUUUAGGAGCAUUUCACUCGAAUGCACAUUGCUUUUGGUCAGAGUUUCUUUCUCAUUCUAAUUCUCUACUACACAUGAUGUUAUAUAGCAAGCAGUUUUGCAACUUGAUGUUUAUCUGACUUCAACCUGUGGCUGUGGAAGAUCAUAUACUUCACUGAGAGUUGUUUGGAUGUAGUCCUGAAAUCAGUAUGUCUAUAGUUAUGAUGCCUGUAGGUGAAGGGGUCGAUUCACCCUUCCCAGAAUCCAGUUCGUUGUUCAUUAGCGCUCUGUGCAGCAAAACCUCUGGAAAUUCAUCAUUAGUCACCCCUUUGAAACCCAUCUCGGACUUUUUCUUUCCUUCCUUUUUUGGACGAGAGACAUCCGAGACCGGUUCUGGUCCAUUACAGUACAAUGGAAUAACCAUACAAAAACAGAAUCGAUUGGUCGAAAGAAUUGAAAAUAAUAACUACUUGGACAAAACAGCUUCAAUUUCACAUUACAAUGUAUGAUCUAUGACUUUGGAUGGUGCUGUAUUGUGUUUUUCAAACAGUGGAAUAUCCAUGAAUGCAAACAUGGCAAGUCGUUACUUGGAGCAGAGGCUUCUGAGAAGAGUGAGCCGGCCCCUUUAAGGUUUCUGGCAAAAUACAGGGGAAAAGAGUGAUUUGCAAAAAAAAACUGUUGCUGAGUAAACAAAUGCUAGUUGUAGAUUCAAGAAAUGCUAUAGUAGUGCAUCUCAAAAUUAGAAUAUUGUGAAAAAGUUCAAUAUUUUCCAUCAGUUAUUUAAGAAAGUGAAAAUAUAUUCGAGACUCAUUACACAAACUAAAAUGUUUCAAGAGUUUUUCUAUUUUAAUUUUUGAUAAUUAUGGCCAACAGCACAAAAAAAAAAUCUCAAAAUAUUAGAAUAUUUCAUUUUGAGUUUGAGUAAAACAGUAUAAAUACCAUGUAUCUCUCAGUCGACUUCGGUACACGCAACCACAAUCAUGGGGAAGACUGCCGACAUGACAGUUGUCCAGAAGACGAUCAUUGACACUCUCUCCACAAGGAGGGUAAGCCACAGAAAGUCAUUUGCUGAAAAGGCUGGCUGGAAAAGGUGCACAAGCAACAGGGAUGACUGCAGCCUUGAGAGGAUUGUCAAGAAAAGAUGAUUCACGAGCUUGGGAGAGCUUCACAAGGAGUGGACCGAGGCUGAUAUCAAUGCAUCAAGAGCCAUCACACACACAAGUCUUCAGGAAAGGGGUUACAAUUGUCACAUUUCUAAUAUCGAGCCACUCCUGAACCAGAGAUGUCAGAAGCGUCUUACCUGAGCGAAGGAGAGAAAGAACCAGACUGUUGCUCAGUGGUCCAAAGUCCUCUUUUCAGAUGAAAGUAAAUUUAGCAUUUCAUUUGGAAAUCAAGGUCCUAGAGUCUGGAGGAAGAGUGGAGAGGCACAGAAUCCAAGGUGUUUGAAGUCCAGUGUGAAAUUUCUGCAGUCUCUGAUGAUUUGGGGUGCCAUGUCAUCUGCUGGUGUUGGUCUACUGUAUUUUAUGAAGUCCAAAGUCAGCACAGCUGUCUACCAGGAGAUUUUAGAGCACUUCGUGCUUCCAUUUGCUGACGAGCUUUAUGGAGAUGUUCAUUUCCUUUUCCAGCAGGACUCAGCACCUGCCCACAGUGUUAAACCUAUGACCGAAUGAUUUGCUGACCAUGAUAUUACUGUGCUUGAUUGGCCAGCCAACUUGCCUUACCUGAACCUCAGAGAGAAUCUAGAGAAUAGAACAGAGCAACACCCGACCCAAAGAUACAGAUGAGUUGAAGGCCACUAUCAAACAACCUGGGCUUCACGAACACCUCAGCAGCACCACCACAGGCUGAACACCUCCAUGUCACGCCACAUUCAUGAAGUAAUUUGUGGUAAAGGAGCUCAAACCAAGUAGUAAGUGUAUAAAUGAACAUACUUUCCAGAAGUUGGACAUCUCUGGAUCGUAAAUCCUUUUUGAUUGAUCUUGGGAAAUAUUCUAAUAAUUUGAGAUACUGGAUUUCUGAUUUUCAUGGGUUAUAAUUAUCAAAAUUAAAACAAAAAGGCUUCAAUCAAUCAUGGUUUUAUUUAUCAUCGAUCUCUACAAUCAAAGACUUGUAACAAAUACAUUUGAACUAAUAAAGAUCUAAAUUAAAAAUAUAAAACAAGCAUUAAACUACUAUAUCUGAGGUCUUGUAUACGACAUUAAAACUUAAAUGUAAAUGUUAAGUCGAAUAUAACUAAUUGCAAUUUAACUCUGUUGGUCACAAAUAUUACAUUUGUACAAUGUGCCGCUAGUAAGAGUCAUUUUCUUUACACUUGAUUAAAGAAUCAAGAUCUCAGCUCUUUAGGGAGAUUGUUCCACAUACAGAUCACCAGAUAGGUAAAUGAUCUGAGAGUCCAUUUGCUGUUCGAUGUUGGUUGUGCUAGUCUGAGGUUACGCCCUCUUAAAUUAUAAUGGCUUUGUUGUAUUUGAAAGAGUUCCUUUACUGUAUGUAGUUCGGACCAGAGGUAGAGACGAAGGCUUGAUAAACCACAGACGAGGAAUGGCAUGACUAUCGGUGCUCAAGUGUCUGUAGAUUGCCCAUGUUUAAAGCAUCUUUAGAUGGACAGUCAUAAGGCAGUUUGAAGAUAGAUCUAAGACCAAAACAACUGGCUUUCUCAAGUUCAUCAUGGAGACCAUUAGUAAUACCCAGUAGUAACGGACUACAGUAUUCGAAAUGUGGGAAGAUGAAAGCCUUGUACAGCUUUGCAGUGGUGUUGAUCGCACUUUUUUAAUCCGUUUGAUGGCUAAAAGUUUAGCAUUAUACUUUGUGUGUGUUCUUAAUAUGAAGACUCAUAAACAAGAUACUGUCAAUAGUAACGCCAAGUAGUUCCAAACUGUCUUUCUGUUCAGUGGCCUUGUUCUUGAGAGUGAAAGAAGGGAUGGUAUUGCUGUUACUAAAGGUGAUGGCCUUUUGUCUUUGAAUGAUUAAUGGAUAGAUAGUUAAGAGAGAGCCAGUCAGUAAUUGAAACGAGAUCUUGGUUGAUCUUGAUUUCCAAAAGAUCAAGAGAUGAAUCACUGGUGUAAAGAGUAGUAUUGUCAGUAUAAAGUCUCCAGGAUGAAUUAUUGCAAAAAAAAAAAAAAAAUGAUCUCAUUCAGGAAGAUAUUGGGGUGAGAAGGGGGGAGGACCCAACAGGCUACCCUGAGGCACACCACAUACAGUUGUGUUCAAAAUAAUAGCAGUGUGUUUAAAAACGUGAGUAAAGCUCAAAAUCCUUAUAAUUAGUUUUUAUUUCCAUGCAUUGGGAACACUGCACAUUAUAUUCUACAUCAAAACAUGAAGAAAAAUGUAUGAAUAUUUUAAUUACUUUACAGAAAAUGAAGAAAAAUGAACAUUGGGCUGUUCAAAAAAAUAGCAGUGUCUGCAUUUUUCAUUACAAACUCCAAAUAUUUACUGUAUAAACUGAGAAAAUCUUAAGGAUUUAGUAUUCCUGUGAAUCACUAAACUAAUAUUUAGUUGUAUAACCACGGUUUCUGAGAACUUCUGGCACCUGUGAACAGGUAUUCCAGCCCAGGAUGAUUUGACAACAUUCCACAAUUCCUCUGCAUUUCUUGGUUUUGCCUCAGAAACAGCAUUUUUGAUGUCACCCCACAAGUUUUCUAUCGGAUUAAGGUCCGGGGAUUGGGCUGGCCACUCCAUAACUUUCAUUUUGUUGGUCUUGAACCCUGAUGCUGCUCGCUUACUGGUGUGUUUGGGGUCGUUGUCUUUUUGAAACACCCAUUUCAAGGGCAUUUCCUCUUCAGCAUAAGGCAACAUGACCUCCUCAAGUAUUUUGAUAUAUGCAAACUGAUCCAUCCCUGGUAUGCGAUAAAUGGGCCCAACACCACAGUAAGAGAAACAUCCCCAUAUCAUGAUGCUUGCACCACCAUGCUUCACUGUCUUCAGAGUGUACUGUGGCUUGAAUUCAGUGUUUGGGGGUCGUCUGAAAAACUGUCUGCGGCCCUUGGACCCAAAAAUAACAAUUUUACUUUCAUCAGUCCACAAAAUGUUUUUCCAUUUCUCUUUAGGCCAGUCGAUGUGUUCUUUGGCAAAUUGUAUCCUCUUCAGCACGUCUUUUUUUUAACAGUGGAACUUUGCGGGAGCUUCUUGCCAAUAGAUUAACUUCACACAGGCACCUUCUAAUUGUCACAGUACUCACAGGUAACUUCAGACCGUCUUUGAUCACCCUGGAGCUGAUCAUUGGCUGAGUCUUUGCCAUUCUGGCUAUUCUUCGAUCCAUUCGAAUGGUAGUCUUCUGUUUUCUGGUGGAGACGGUGGGGACCUCGACUGGCUAUCGUAGCCUGCAGGGAAUCGGCCGUCAGACAUUCUGUCGCAUGUCCCAGACCCGGUGAAAUGUAACUGAAUUGUCUUGGCCAGGCCUAAGGGUCCCAUCUGCAUCUCAUCAUUGCUGAGGAGUGUGCUCCCAUCACCCAAUCAAGCAUCCAGCCAGAGCAGGUCAUGAUAUAUUUUUUACCAUAUUAACAUGCCAUUGUGCGUCAUGCCUCAUGUAAAGACUCUCGUCUCUGCGAGCCUACCACACAGAUUUAAUACUUGUCAUUUUUAGGGCAUACCUAACAACGUGUUUUCUCUCUCUCUCCCCCC